AUGGCGGCCUUUUCGUUCUCUGCAUGGUACUCCAGUUUAUUUGCAGUUUCUAUGGGUAUUUUCCUACAAUUUAACACAAAACAGUCACAGCCGUAUAUGGAUGAGAUUUUCCAUGUCCCCCAGGCCCAGAAAUACUGCAACUACAAGUUUGAUGAAUGGGAUCCAAAGAUAACAACAUUGCCAGGAUUGUAUUUUAUAUCCUUCGCAUGUUUGCGAACUUUGGCGUUUUUCGUUGGACACGAAUUACGUGUAGUGUGUUCGACGUUUUUUCUACGGAUGGUUAAUACUUUGUUCCUAAUGGGUAACGUGUUGCUUCUGAGGCAGAUCCUGUUAAUUCUUCACUGCGAUAAUACUCGACAGUCACGUCAGGUACGGUUUUCGAAUUUUAUGAAUAGUGUAAAGUACUCAGAUACUUUCUUAUGCAAUCACUUCGUGCGGUAUCAGAACACUUCUGUAAUGGAAAGGGGGGCGGUGGGGUCUGAGUCACUCACUAGGUAUCGAAAGCUGAGCCUUCACAUCUGAGAUCCCAUGUCGACCCUUCGACCUUUGGAGUGAGUCGCAUCUAAUUUCUCCUUACAAUAAUCACCGUGUAAUCACCCCUGAAUGAAAUAUUACGGUCACGAGAAUGAAGGAAUAAGAUCACCAUCUAAAGAGACUCUUGAUUGUUAAGUCAUUUUGGCAAAAUUUCCGCACAGCCCCAUACUUCAUUAUGCAUCCAUAAAUGGGUCUUUAUUAUUCAAUGUAUCACCAAUAAGACGUGCAUGCAUAAUGAAGUAUGGGGCUGUGUGGAAAUUUUUCUGUAAUUUUUCCUUGUUAGUACCUUAAGAAAUGUGUUGAGAACAGUAAGGAGAAAAUACAUACUGAUUUUAGGGUGUCAAGGGUUAAACAAAAGAGCGACAGAGAACUCCUUGUUGAGUUCACUGUCAUGACUAGGUAUUCGCCGCUUUCGCCCCCUAUCGAGUUCGCCCCUACCUUAUACCGUGUUCGCCCCCACACUUUUCGAGUUCGACCCCAUCAAGUCGAGUUUGCCCCUUGAUUGAGUGAUAUUCAGAUGAGUUGAUUCGUAAGUUGAUGAGUAAAUUCUUCAGUCUUAAUUUCAUAAAUAAAGCUAAAUGGGUACAAGUCUAACAACUUAAGCAAUGCUGUCGCGAUGAAAGCGUGGUUUGCAUCUUCUUAAGUCUGGUUGUAACGAUCACCACAUUUCGUGUUCGUUAGAUAAACCGUGUGGUUCUCUUUAUCACAAGUUCAGUGUAUACAGUUAUUUCUGGUAACCCCAGAUCCCACGCAGAGUAUUUAGUUGAUUCCGUCAACCCAGUUCCCAAGCAGGUUCCACGCAAUUGCCCAAAUUCAAAAUGGUCGUCGCUGAUGUGACAUUUGGCACAUUCCGCUAGUGCCUUCAUCACAAAUCAACUCAUCUGGAUAUCACUCAAUCAAGGGGCAAACUCGACUUGAUGGGGUCGAACUCGAAAAGUGUGGGGGCAAACACGGCAUAAGGUGGGGGCGAACUCGAAGGGGCGAACUCGAUAGGGGGCAAAUGUGGUGCAAUUCCAUGACUAUGUUUAUAUGCAUUAAGCAUUCUGCAUGGAUUAGAAAUUUGGAAAGUGUUGUUUAGUUGGUAUAAUAAGAGCUUUUAGCUUGAUCGUCAAAUGAAGGAAAUUGUUGAAGAUGCUAUUCAGUUAAUGACAGAGGCACACUUGGAGAAAAAACUCCAAGUUCUCCUAAUUAUGAUUCAAACCAGUGACUUUCUGAUUAGUACUCUGUACACUUUAAGUGCUUUCUUACUGAGCCAUGGGAAACUCAUGGCAAGCUGAGCUGUUCAUUAAGGUCCACGGUGACAAACUUCCUGCAUACUGCGAGGAUAAGAGUGUCACUGAUGCUUAUAAAUGAUGACAAUGUACGUGUAAAUAAAGAUGGUAAAUUUAAGCCUGGUGGUUUGAGUGAAAGAUGUUAUUCAGUGAAUAACAUUGGUGAACUCAGCCUCAAAAUUGUUACUGUGUAACAAUUGGUAGUCAUUCAUUACAUUUUUUUUUCUGAACAGGGAGAUGAACCCACAGAAGAAGAGAACUCUUCACCCAUUAAAUGUUCUGUGACAGCUUUGGUCCUGGCAUUAUUCCCUGUGAUGUAUUUCUUUACAUUCCUCUACUACACUGAUUCAAGCUCCACCUUCUUUGUUCUUCUAUUGUAUUACCUCAGUCUCCGUGGAAACCAUUUCAUUGCAGCCCUGAUUGGUGCUGCAUCAAUUGCCGUUCGUCAAACCAAUGUCGUAUGGGUGGUGUUCACAGCUGGAGUGACUGCAUUAAGAACUUUACAAUCAGUUGAGAAAGAAGCAGCUUCAUCAACAUUUUUCACAGAACUAAAGGAAUAUAUCAAAUCUUUUUACCACAACUUUUUCAAGGUGUUCAGAUACCUCUGGGCCUAUGGUUUUGUUGUAGCAUGUUUUGCUAUUUUUGUGGUCAUGAAUGGUGGAAUCGUAGUCGGCGAUAAGAGUCAGCACCAGGCAUGCUUAAAUUUCCCACAGUUGUUUUACCUUCUGACUUUUACCCUUGCAUUCAGUAGCUCCCAGCUGCUUUUGCCACAAGACAUUGUAAGCUAUUUGAAAACCUUUAAAAACAUUGUCAAGAAACCAUUGUACGUUAUUGGGUUACUUUUAUCUGCAGUUUCCAUAACCUUAAUCAUUUACAAAUUUACAUAUGUGCAUGAGUAUCUUCUAGCCGACAAUCGGCACUACCCAUUUUAUAUUUGGCGGAAACUUUAUGCCAGGCAUUGGGUGGUGAAAUAUGCUCUUACACCUUUGUAUAUAUUUUCAGGAUACUGUAUUCACCAUCAAUUAUCUCUAAAACAACCAAGAACAUGGCUAGCUAUGUUCUACAUCUGUGUCUCCAUGGUUACUGUCCCCCAAAAAUUGUUGGAAUUUCGGUACUAUAUCAUUCCAUACAUUUUCUAUCGACUUCACAGUCCACUAGGGUCUUAUACAAGACUUGCAUUAGAAUGCAUGUUAUACAUAGCUGUGAAUGCAAUUACUUUCUACUUGUUCCUGGAAAAACCAUUUCGUUGGGCUCACAGUCCUAAGGAGGUUCAAAGGUUUAUGUGGUAG